AUGGAGAGGAAGAAAUAUCAGGAUGAAAAACGGAAUUUCAUUUCUUCUCGAAAAAUAAUCAAAUGUUCUUGUCCUGAUAAUACGAAAUUUGGCAAAGAAAAAUGUCGAGAAAUAGACGUGGAUUAUGUUGUACAUAAAUUGCACGAACUUAUAUCCGAUCCAGUCACUAAAGAUGACGUAUCACGAAUCUCUAGAUUGUUAUAUGACUAUCAGGAGCAACUUUGCGAUCGGGCUUACAUGGUAAAACACUUACCAAUGGUAAUAAAAAUAAUAGAAUUUUUAGCAACGAACGCAAAAAGCGUAGAAGAUUAUCGUUCGCAUCUCGAUCAGAUGUUGGAGUUUUCUAAUCGACCACCUCUAUUGGAAAAAUUCUUUCAGAACGUUACUUGUUCAGACAUAAUGGAACAAUAUUUUACAUUCUUUGGCUAUCUACUAACGAUCUUACCUAGGAAGCAAGAGCUCCUUAAAGUGCACGAAGCCCUUCGUUCUUUAUUAAUCAGAACUGUGCCAGAUGAUCCUUCCGCAGUGAAGUCUGAGAUUUGUCGUGCUGCUAUGGAGAAAUCGAAUCUGUCCUUUAUCGUAACCGAGAUAUUAAAAACUUCCUCCCCGGAAGAAUAUCCUACGAUCUUGGAGUUGAUCUUCCUACUUUCGUCUAUUUCCUGUCUCUGUUGUCACAAAAUGUUAGAAGGUGGUAUUUUGAAUUCUCUGCUAAUUAGAAUGGACCUUGCAUACGCGACUCAAGUGUUUUGUAAACCACCGCCAAACGAGCUCCUGGAAGGAGACGAGUACUCAGAUGAUACAAUGGUUUUGAUAAUGAAUAUCUUAUGGACCCUGAUGAGAUCUAUUUUGCCUCCGAAAGAAGUACCAGCUUGUUUGAAAGACUUCGGUACUCCAGUACAUUGUGCUCUGUGGUAUUACUCUUCUUUUUUUAUUCCUUUUUGAGGAACAUCAACGCGAAAAUAUUGCAAGUAAAAUUUCUAUCUCAAUUUUAGGGGUCUUCGUUAUGCCUUCAAAAAACAGAUAUACAAAAGUCAGAAUUGUAAAUUCAAUGCAAAACUUCGAAACGAAAUGACAUUGCUCAUUCUACUUAUAGUUCAACUUUUUCCACGUUAUACCAUUAUCAGCAAUGGUAUAGCCAACGAUGUUCUAUCCCUUUUAAUUGACUGCCUCUCUGGUAGAAUUCAUAUCUGGUCAAAGAACAUCAAAUUUGUUCCUAACAAAGAGAACCUCGUUUUCUUGAAAACACUUUUACUAAUCGUGUCUGAUCUUGCUACGUUUAACGCCUCUAUCCAUGUAGAUAAUUUUCUCUAUUAUGAUCAUAAAAAUUUAUCAGGAAUCAUUUUGAAUAAAUUAUUUCUCUAGAUCAUGAUCGAACUGGACGUCUUAUCAGCAAUAUUUGGCUUCAUUGAUUUGAAUUCAAAAUCUGUUUGGAGUCCACCUCAAUUUUGGCAUCUUUUCGAACAUGCAAUAUUCACUUUGGUUGUACUUGCGCCAAAACUACCUAAGGAAUUUGUUGAACACGAUGGAACCCAAAAGUAACUUCGAACGUUGUUCUUAAUUUCGAGUUUUCACGAAUUAAUUUUGAAAGCCAUUGACAUUGUAGAUUGAUGUCCAUUUUGCAAUGGUGUUCCUCGAACGAAUUUAAUUCGAAAUUUGCAAUGAUUUCUACCAAGGCAGUAUGUUCCAUCGUUCUUUCUAAAAACCCUAUCUUGUUGAAAGAUUUUCGCGAACAACAAAUGAUUCUUUUAUUGUUCGGUGAGCCAAAUUUUUUCAAACUAUUUUCAAUGAAUUAAUAACAACUUUGAGGAAUAUUCUAAUAUCAUUUUUAGAUCUUAUCGAUUGUAUCCUACGUAUCGAUAAAUUAACGAUUGAGCAUCAAAGAAUUCUGACAAUAUUAUUCAUCACUGCAGACGAAAUAAUUAGAAAAGAAGCACACCUUCGAUUGUUAUAUGGAUACUAUAAUAUAAAAAUCAUUCGGCAAUUGUUAGAUAGAUAUUUUUAUCAUCGAAAAGAUGAUGAUUUUUAUAUGGAUCAACGGUAGGUUUGGGAAAGAUCAAUUGAAUAUGUUCAAUGAACUUUUUUGUAAUUAAAAUAAGAGAAAAAUAAUUACGAUAGUCUUUUGCUAGCGAUUGGUUCCUAUAUUUGGGGAUCUAUAGUACCAUGUCCGAUACAUUUGAAGAAGUUUGUCGACCAGAAUACAGUCUACACUAUAAUCGACGUAAUCGAAAUCACUUCUUCUCCUGUUAGAUGUUUAUUUCUUGGUCUAUUAAUAGAUAUUUGUGAAAAUAUCUUUUGUGGUCAUUAUCUAUGUACUUGGCGUGGAAUUGAUAAGAACAAAGGAUUUAUGUCUUUGCUGGCAAUGAUUUGGAGAGAAGAGGAGAGUGAAAUCGGUAUUAAGAAACGAUCGGAUGGCACGAUCGAAGGUGAAUCUCGAAGAUCGAUCGUUAACGAGCUAUUCUUUACGUACAAUUUUUUUUAUUCAUACAGACACU